GGCUGUUCGCCUGGGUGCCCCCGCCCGCCCCCGAGCAUGCAGUGCUUCCCCAGCCUGGUGCUGGCGCUCAGCUCGCUGCUGGGCGCCCUGGCGCUGCUGCAGCUCUCGCUGUACCUGCGGGUGCCGUCCCGCUACGGGAAGCACGAGGAGCGGCUGUGCCGGCCGCGGGGCCGGCUGCCGGCGCGCUGCGCCUGGUUCCUGCAGGAGCUGCCCUCCUUCCUGGUGCCCGCGCUGCUGCUGGCGCUGCGCAGCCCGCCCCGCCUCGAGCCGCUCGGCUGCCGUCUCCUCUGCUGCCUCUUCUGCUGGCACUACUUCUACAGGACAUUUAUUUACCCCUUCUUCACUAGAGGCAGACCUUUCCCACUGCAAUUGCUUUUCUUUGGCACGUUAUUCUGUAUCUAUAAUGGCUUCCUCCAGGGGUACUACCUGAUUUACUGCGCUGAAUAUCCAAAUGAUUGGUGCACCGACAUCAGAUUUACAUCAGGCCUCCUCUUAUUUCUGCUGGGAAUGGGAAUCAACAUUCACAGUGACCUUCUGCUGCGCCAGCUGAGGAAACCUGGGGAAGUGACUUACAAGAUUCCUCAAGGGGGACUGUUCACCUACGUUUCUGGAGCCAACUACUUUGGAGAAAUUGUGGAAUGGUUUGGUUUUGCCAUAGCAACCUGGUCCCUACCAGCCUUCGCCUUUGCCUUUUUUACCCUUUGCUGCAUUGGGCCACGCGCUUAUCACCAUCACAGGUACUAUCUCAAGACAUUUACGGACUAUCCAAAAUCAAGGAAAGCCUUGAUUCCUUUUGUUUUUUAAUGAUUGAAAUAUGGACUCUGUGUUCUGUUUUUAUAGGGCUUUUUUCAAUUUCUGGUUUUAAUGUUAGGUCUGACUGUAAUUAAUUGUACAAAUGAUAACCUGGGGUUGUAACAGACAAAAAGGUAAUUCAGAACGGAAGUUCUUGUUUUUAACAGGGGAAAUUGCAGACAGUUGUGGGCAAAGGGAGUCCCCAGACAAUGUAUGUGUUUGUUAGUGAAGUUCUGCCUAUGGGAAAUGGAUAUAUAACUGCACUGGCAUCAGAGAAAAAGCUUUGGCUAUAAACUGGUGCAGAAAAGUGGAAAGUAAGCCCAUGACUUCAGAGGAGGUCUUCAGCAGCCACUACAAUUCAUAGCACUCCUGCAGCUGCUUCUGCAGCUGGCACUGCCCAAGGUGUUGCCACACACCGGAGUAGGGGUCUCCUUUGCCAGGAAAAUUACUCAGCCCAUUAUUUUUCAUCUAAAAGCCAGCUUAGCUCCCAGAAGCAUAAUGCAACAAGAGGAUACUUGUGCCAACACAAGGCUGGGAGCAGUGUGCCAUGGCACAGAGGCGAUGCGAACUACACGGAGAUGGGAGUAUCUUCUGCUGGCACUCACAAGCACGAUGUCUGUGUUCCUUCCUUAAGCAAUACUCUCCUUACUGUCAGAUGAUUAAUUGUCAGCCAUCAGUUUGGGUUUUUUUAAUGUAUUUUGUUAAAGCAAUUGCAGCUCCGUUAGAAUUUUUUUUCUCUUGCAAAUCCAGAGCUCUUUUCAGAAUAAAAAUUUAUCUACUCAAAACCACUCAAUUGUUAUUCAUAAAAAGACUUGAGAUGAUGAUGUAAGACAAAAAGUACAACAAAUAAAAAGCUCUGUGUUGAAGAAAAUGUUCCGCAACACUGGCAGUACAUUUUGUCUACGGAGAACAUUUUCAGAUACUCAUAUUAGGAAAUAAUACAGAGAUAUUACUGAAUUUUGACAAAAAACAUGAUGUCUCUUCUUAAUUGCAGCAUAUAGUUGGGAAUUUUCCCAAAAAUGUCAUUAUCCCCAAUAGGAAGAGACGUCCCCAUGGAUGCUGACAGUUUUAGUUACCCUUUAAAGCAUAAAAUCCUGCAAAGAAUUAUGCUGAAUAGCUGGAAAGAAAAAGACCAGACCACACAUACUAAACAUACCACCUGCUGCUGAAGUAACCUGAUUGACUGUACACAAUUUUCUCCAAAACACAAUAAAAUUUAUGUAAAACACA